AUGGUGCUCCGAAUUCGACUGUCCCGUUUCGGCAGAAAACAUGAUCCUUUCUACAACAUUGUGGUCUCCCAAGCAAAAAUUGCACGCGACUCAAAACCCAUCGAAGUCCUCGGAACAUAUAACCCAGUACCACAAAAGCCAGUUGGCCUCUCAGACAGAGAAGCAAAAACCGCGAGACCAUAUAAGGAUAUUGCGCUGGAUCAAAUAAGGACAAAAUACUGGCUUGGUGUAGGUGCUCAGCCUACUGAGGGGAUCGGUCUAGUUGAGCCGAAAAUAGGCAAGGCGCAAACGACCCAGACAAACGAGAAGGCCGCGGGAAAGGCGGCAAACACCAAUUAA